AUGGGAGUCGUAGCAGUCGCCGGUGGCACCGGAAGCAUGGGCCGUACCAUUGUCGAGGCUCUCGUCGCUACUAAGAAGCACAAGACCGUGGUUUUAUCCCGAAAGGUUGGCAACACCUUCAUCAUCAUUUCGCCUACAUCCAAUCCAGAUUUGGAAAAGGAACUUGGAGUUCCAAUCAUUGCUGUCGACUAUGACAAUAUCAAGGCGGUCGCCGAGACCCUUGAGCAAAACAAUGUUGACACUGUUAUAUCUGCCAUCAUGAUGAUGCCUGGCCCAGCCGGCGAUCCCAAGGAAAUUCAGCUUAUACGCGCCGCAGAUCUCUCCAAGACUACCAAAAGACUGAUUUCAAGCGACUAUGGACUUCCUCAUUCUGAAGGGCAUGACAAACAGCUUCCCUCUGUCAUCUACAAACAGCAGGCGCAAGAGGAGCUCAAAACUGUGAAAGAUCUCGAGACCACUCGGAUUAUCAAUGGCCAGUUCAUGGAUUACUGGGGAAUUCCUGGAGUUAAAUCGCAUUUCGGCCCCUUUCCUAUCGCUAUCGACAUCGCCAAUGACACUGCGGCCAUCCCUGGCGACGGAAACACGCCUGUCAUAAUGACUCAUACCUCUGACGUGGGCAAAUAUGUAGCCGCCAGCCUUGAUCUAGAGAAGUGGGAACCCAUUCAUUCCAUUGCAGGCGAUAAGGUUUCUCUCAACGAACUGCUUUCCUAUGCCGAAGCGGCCAAAGGGAAAAAAUUCACCGUCACGUAUGACAGCAUAGAAAGCUUGAAGCAGGGUCAUUUGACGGAGCUUCCAGGUCAGGCGGCAAACUACAAUCAAAUCCCCAAGGAGGUUUUGCAGAAACUCUUAGUUUCGUUUCAUCUUUGGUACGCAGAAGGAGUGCUUAACUAUGAACUUGGAACGACUCUCAACGACAAGUUUCCGGAGAUCAAGCCCCUCAAGGCCAAGGAGAUGAUUGACAGGGCUUGGAAGAAACAGUAG